AUGAUGAACACAUUAAAUGUACGCCACAGCAGUGACAUAAGCUCUGCUAGUAACGCCAACCCUGAUCAGGCAUUGAUCCGGGACAGACACGACCAAGACCCAUUGCAGAUCUGUUCUAAAGAAGCCUGUAAUCUGGUGCAAGUCUGUUCUAAAGAGACCUGUAAGGUGCAGAUCUGUUCUAAAGAGGCCUGUAAUCUGGUACAGAUCUGUUAUAAAGAGGCCUGUACUCUGGUGCAGGUCUGUUCUAAAGAGACCUGUAAUCUGGUGCUGAUCUGUUCUAAAGAGGCCUGUAAUCUGGUGCAAGUCUGUUCUAAAGAGGCCUGUAAUCUAGUGCAGAUCUGUUCUAAAGAGGCCUGUAAUCUAGUGCAGAUCUGUUCUAAAGAGGCCUGUAAUCUGGCACGAACCAGUUUUAAAGAGACCUGUAAUCUGGUACAGAUCUGUUCUAAAGAGACCUGUACUCUGGUGCAGAUCUGUUCUAAAGAGACCUGUAAUCUGGCAUGGAACAGUUGUAAAGAGACCUGUACUCUGGUGCAGAUCUGUUCUAAAGAGGCCUGUAAUCUGGCACAGAUCCAUUGA